CGUGGUUUGAACUUGCUUUACUUCUCCCUUGUCUCUAAAAAUGGCCUCUUUCUCUAUCUCUCUCAGUCUCUCUUAGCAGCUUACACAGAUAUAUUAGGCAACAAACUCAUCUGGUUACCCUCUAGUGUUCUAUCACCGUAGCAGGAGGCACAGAGACACAGAGACACAGAGAGAGAGAGAGAGAGAGAGAGAUGGAAGCGACGACUUCAUCGGAAGCCAAAGUCAAGGUGUCAUCGAUUUUCAUAUACCCAAUCAAGUCUUGCCGUGGGAUUUCAGUUCCACAAGCACCCCUCACACCUACUGGAUUUCGAUGGGAUCGACAAUGGUUGGUAGUGAACUCAAAGGGGAGGGCAUACACUCAAAGAGUUGAACCAAAGCUUGCUUUAGUGGCGGCAGAACUGCCAAGUGAGGCAUUUCUUGAAGGAUGGGAACCUACUAAGGACUCAUAUAUGGUGAUAAAAGCUCCUGGUAUGGAAGCUCUCAAGAUUUGUCUGAGUAGACCACAAGGAGUAGCAGAUGGUGUCUCGGUAUGGGAAUGGUCUGGCUCUGCACUGGAUGAGGGAGAUGAAGCAUCAAAAUGGUUCUCAGAUUACCUAGGAAAACCCAGUCGACUGGUCCGCUUCAAUACUGAGUCAGAAGCUAGAGCUGUGGAUCCUGACUAUGCCAACGGGCACAAUAUCAUGUUCUCUGACCGCUUCCCAUUCUUGUCGUUAUCUCAGGAGUCAAUGGAUGCACUCAACAAGCUUCUCAAGGAGCCCAUACCUGUUAAUCGAUUUAGGCCUAAUAUCCUUGUUGAAGGUUGUGAACCAUUUUCUGAGGACUUAUGGACAGAGAUCAAGAUAGGCAAAUUUUCAUUUCAGGGUGUGAGGCUGUGUUCCCGUUGCAAGGUACCUACAAUCGAUCAAGAGACUGGGAUUGCAGGAAAUGAACCAACCGAAACUCUAAAGAAUCAUAGGUCAGAUAAAGUCCUAAGGCCAAAUGGAAAACAGCAGAAUAGGGUCUACGUUGGGCAGCAUAUGGUGUGGAAAGAUUAUCAUAUAGCAGGAAAUGAGAAAACACUUAAAGUGGGAGAUCCUGUUCUUGUCCUCCAAAAGGUCUCAUCUGCUGAUGAAGCAGCUGCUUGAACUGUGUAGACUUGUACAAGAACUUUUUUAAAUCACUCGAAAUAAUGAGAGAGAGAGAGAGAGAGAGAGAGAUGGAACCUUCUCUUUUUUCAUCUCUUCAUAUGAAAUGUUCUUGAUGUGAUCUGCGCCAAUGUAGAAUCUACAUUUACUGAUGAAACUGCUACUGCUAAGCCUCCAUUGACAACAGAUUAUGUAUCUUUUAUCUUUUUUUUGGGUCUGAAGAUUAUGUAUCUUUUAUCUAAAUAAUGACAAUGAUUCAUAAUUCCUAGAAGUUUGAGUUCUUAA